AUGGCGUCAUUCAGAAUUUUUUUACUGUUUUUGUUGACCUUUAUUAAAAGCGACGAUUGGACCGCCAGAGCAGUGUGUACGUCGCCGACUUUGCUAUGGUCUGACGAGUUUGACGCGGCGACCUUGGACACCUCUUCUUGGAAUUACUUCACUGGUACAGCAUACAACAACGAGCUCGAGUACUACACUUCUCGCCCCGAAAAUGUGCGGCUGGAGAACGGCAGCCUGGUCAUCGAGGCACGGGCCGAGGCUUACGGCGGCAUGAACUACACUUCGGCCCGCAUUGACACUCGGCUCAAGCGCGCCUUCUACCCGGGCGUCUCCGUGAACGGCACCGUUAUUCCCAAGAUCCGCUACGAGGCCCGCAUGAAGCUCCCAAAGGGGCAACCCUUCAACAACCAGGGGCAUUACCGGCCCACCUCGUUCAAUCUGGGGCUGGAAUGGCACACGUACGCGUUCGAGUGGAGCUACAACCAGAUGUGGUGGUUUAUCGAUGGCAUGUUGUACUACACCACACACAGCUAUUCUUUGUCGGACGAGGGCUGGUGGACUUCGAGUCAGACCACGACACCCACGGGGCCCAACUCCCCCUUCGACGCGCCCUUCUACAUCAUUUUGAACCUGGCUGUGGGCGGCGACUGGCCCAGAGCUCCGGAUGCAUCCACAGUGUUUCCUUCCCAGCUACUCGUCGACUACGUGCGGGUGCUGGGGUACUGGUGA